GACAGAGCUCAUCACAAAGAUCAGCAGAGCAACCAACCCACCUGGAGUCUGGAGACGAGACCCCCCAACCGCCCAAGCCCUAACACACCACGCCGCCCGCGCGGAAGCGCGAGAUCUGAAUUUCCGAAGUCCGGAACGCCGCGGCCGCCGCCGAUGGAGAUCCCCACCGACGCCAUCCACCGCCUCCGCUCCUCCCUACGCGAGCCCUUCUCCGCCCCCGCCUCCGCCUCCGCGACGCCGCCCUUCCCCUCCGUCGCGGACGCCGUGGCCGCCUUCGACUCCCGCGUGGGAGUGGGCGCCGCGGGGGCCACCCCCCGGUGCGGCCGCUGCGGGGCCGCGGGGGGGCUCCUCCGCGGCGAGGGGUCCGCCGUGUGCGCCUACUGCGGGUGCCCCAGGCGGGAGGGGUGCGGCGGUGUCGCCGCCUUCCGCGGCAGUGUGGCGUACCGGUGGCUGCUCGGCUCGCUCGGGCUGGAUGGAUCCGAGCCUGUAGAAUUUGACAACGAGUCUACUGAUUCAAGUAAAACCAAAGAAGCACUGAAGAAUGGGAUGGUCUUAUCUGAUCUGCUGGACCUUAAACUUUCCUUCCCCCCUGAGAAUAAGGAAACAUCUGGAAGUACCGAAAACAAUGAACAGUCAUCUGCUGAACAUAUGCUAAAAUUAUCUGGUGUUAACCUAGACUCAUUUUUCGCUGCAAGAAUGGAGAACACAACCACUGCUGCAGUUCCUACUCAAAAACAUACUGUGGUGCAGGAAAAACAAAGCACAGAUAGUCAUGGUUCUUCCAGUUUGGAGAUGCGUGCUACAUACUUAACUGGAACGAAAACAAGUUCUCAAAACACAAAUCAAAUAGAAGUUACUCCAGCAUUUGCAAAUUGGGAUGCUGACUUUCAGUCUGCUAGCUCAGAAAGUGUCACCGAGGACUCCAAGAAAUCUGACCUAUUUAACAGCGCCUCGAAUGUCAAGGCUUCUAGUUUUCCAGCACAUGUAACUGCCAUCAGCCCAGUUGUACCUAGUGGAAAUGAAACAUAUAUGAGAAGUACCAAGCUAGAAGAUUCAAAAGAUUUGGCUUCAGCAAGUGGCAUGCUAGUUAAAGAUGAAAGUAACAGUGGAAUCUUUCCUGAGAACAAUAUUGCUGAGUUCACCGAGUCCUCCCUUAGCAAGAGUUCAGCGCAUAGUGAUCAAUUGCCUGCAAGGGGUGAUACUGGAGUCGGUAUAGAUGAAGCUUUUGAUGACUGGCAAGAGUUUACUGGUGGAAAUCAGGGAAGCCUGUCGAAUGCAGGAGAACAUAUGGAGGGGCCUAUAGAGAGCAACCCCUCCGAAAUAAAAACCGUAGAUACCUGGCCUGUUAGUAGCAUGGAAUCAUCCAAUAAUGUUACUGACAACUCUGUUGAUGAUUGGCAAGCUUUUACUUCCAGCUCUGGUCAAGGAGGAAAUUCGGUGAAGCCAAUAGAAGGGUCAGCUGCUAGUCAAGGAGGAGAUGUGGUGAAACCAGUUGGACAAACAGCAAGCAUCUCAUUUGAACAUUUUUCAGAAGCUAAUUCUGUUGAGUUAUGGCCUGUGGGCAAUAUUAAUGAGCUUCAUAAUACCAAAGUAGUAAACGAAACUAAUGAUUCUUUUGAUGAUUGGCAAGAUUUUACAACCUCUGGUCAAGGUCAAGGUGCACCAUCUAAUCAAGUUGGAGGCAUGAUUGAAGUCUCACGUAUCACUCAGAAAGAAACAAGUGAUGACUCAUGGUUCACAACAGAUGUUAAGGAAGAAAUAAAUAAAGAUUUAGUGAAUACAACUAAUGCCAUGUUGGACGAUUUUCAAAGUUUUUCUGGUUCAGAUCUAGCACCACAAAGUUCAUCGUUUGUAAGUGGAGAAAUGAUGAAUCCUUCAUUUGGGCAACAUGAAGGAACUGAUACUGUGCAAUCAUGGUUGGGUGGCAGCAAUAAUAUGGGUACAAACAUGGCCACAACAAAUAGUGAAGACAAUUCAUUUGAUAUUUGGAAAGAUUUUACAACGUCGGGUCAUCAAAAAGAAAACAUUUCUAUUUUUGAGAGAAAAAAAACUAGCACAUCAUCAGAGCCAGCUAAAGAAACUGAUCCAAUGGAUUUGUGGUUAACCAGCAAUGCCCAGGAAUCUAAUAGCAGCAAAGAUGCUAAUAGAAUUAAUGACUCAUCUGGUGGAUGGCAGGAUUUUGCUAAUUUUGGUCAAAAAGAAAGUAUGAAAAUUCCUGGGGUAGGGCACUCUGCGAAAGAUUCUUCAAGCAAUUCAGCUGAACUUAAGAACCAUGAACAGAUAAAUGAAGAUAGUGACCCAUUUGAUGACUGGCAGGAUUUCAAGAACUCACAUCCACUGGAUACAAGCUUACAAGUUCCAUCAAAUUCUUCAUUUGAUAACUCUUUAGUACGGAUGCCUGAUGCACUAGAAGGACUGGAAUUUGGGAGCUUUGCACAGUCUGUUCCAUCCCAAAGCCAAAGAGAUAAUAAGGAGAAUUCUAACGAAACAAAUACGGUUUCAUCCAAUCAUAACUUAGAAAGGAUGGUUGGAAGGCAGCAGACAGGCGAUUUGGGUUCACUGUCUACCAUUUGGCCAACUACAAGUCAUGACACCCAAUCUGUUUCAAAACCGGAAUCUGCUGAUGCAAAUGUAGAGAGACUGCUGUCGCAGAUGCACGACUUAUCCUUUAUGCUCAAAGAUGAUCUGUCGAUCCCUGAUAAACCUGUAGGUCAUUAUAAGCCUUGAAACCAUGUGUGCUUUGCUACGUUCUCCCAAGAUUCGCUUAUGUUGGAGUUCCAGCCUUUUGAUUGUGGGACCUAACAUGGGAAAAUGGGAAAUAGCUCGCUGAUGUAAGUGCAGACAACCUUGUUCUCCCUUUUACAGCAGCCUUUUUUUUCUGAGAGCUACAGUGCAUUGAUAAGCGGAGAUUUAUACUGGUAUUCUCUGUUGCUUGCCUUGGCUAGCAGAGAGCUGCAGCACCUUGCUCCUCGCUUCAGUUUCAGAUUCAGAUGCUUUCAUUGAUUACUGCUUCAUUGAGGCGAGCCACGAAUUCUGUUUCUGCAAUGUGUAUGUACCAAUUCACGGCCUGUAUAAAUUGUGUAUGGAACGCAAAAAAUGAGUUGUUCAAUUCUUUUUUUCCCCUCUGUUGUGAGAUUGUUGAGGAUUGAGAUUUACUUUUGACGACCUCGUUA